AUGGAUGUUUGGUUGUUGCUCGAGCUCAGGAAGCUUCUACCCAGCCCAUCAGCCGAUAGCGGCGUAUCCACUUGGUCUGACAGUCAUGUCUUCGAGCCUGCGUUACCACCACACUGCCAGCCAGAGAACGAAUUCCUCCUUAAGCUGUCGUCAACCUUCCACACCUGCGUACCGAGUAACCUAGCCUUCGUCUCGACCCUUCUGGGCACGCUCAGUAUUAUAUCGUGGCUGUUCGCUCAGCUACCGCAGAUAUACAAGAACCACACGCUGAAGUCAACCUCGGGGCUAAGCAUCUUCUUCCUGGCGGAGUGGCUGCUCGGCGACGUAUCCAAUCUGCUAGGAUGCGUGUUUACGGAUCAGGCGCUUUGGCAGGUCGUUGUCGCCAGCUACUACUGCAUGGUCGACAUGAUGCUAGUGAUGCAGUGGUUGUGGUACGAGCAUCUGCAACACGGAAACCCGUUGACAAAGGUGUGGAGUCGAGAGAGGCCAGGCGGCUCGGACAACGGCGGGGGCCGAACAAACAUGCAAGAGAUCGAGGGAGUGUCACUCUCAAACAACUCAACUGCGGUAGGCAGCUCAGCUUCCGGAUCCAAGGAUGGCACUCCAUCAAAGACGAUCGAACGCUCUCAGCCGCGAAUGACCUUCCACACCCCCCACUUCUCGCGAUCACCAAGUCCCUCAGGCUCGAGCACCCCCAGCACGCCCUCACCCCCCGCAAUCCGCCGCCUCGGACGCACCAACUCCCCGAUGCCCUCUCCCCGAACGGUCCUCUACAUCUCCCUCCUCCUCGCCGUCUUAGCGCGCGCCUCACCAACCCCUCCCCUCUCCCCGGCCACUCUUCCACACUCCCACGACUCCGCCCCCCUCCUCAAAUCCUCGACCCAGACAGCCGGCCGUCUUUUGUCUUGGCUCUCCACCCUCCUCUACCUCGGCUCGCGCCUCCCCCAACUCUACAAAAACCACACGCGCCGCAGCACCUCCGGGCUCAGCGCCUCCCUCUUCCUAGCCGCCUUCUUCGGCAACCUCUUCUACAGCUCCUCGCUGCUGACCAACCCGUGCGCAUGGUCCAGCUUCGGACCCUACGGCGGCGGCGGCUGGGCCAGUGCAGACGGCAGCGAGCGCGCGGAGUGGGUCGGGCGCGCGGCGCCGUUUUGGCUUGGGGCUGCGGGCGUGCUGGUCAUGGAUGCCGGGGUUGGGGUCCAGUUCUGGUGGUUUGGGAAGGAAGCGGAGGAGAAGGUCGUUGUGGUUGAGGAGCGCGUGGGGAGGAGGUGGCGAUGGAGGAGGGUUAGUGGGUGGAUGAGAGGCUGGAUGCCGAGUGUGAGUGAGGCGGGGACGCCGAGGCCGGGGAGUAGGGCUGAGGGGGAGGCGAGCGCGUUGCUUGGGCAGAGGGAGGGCGGGCAGAGGGCGUAUGGUGGUGUCUAG